GUCAUUCAAAAGUCGGUAGUGGGAUGGGGAAUCAAAGUGGGUUUAACUCGCCGCUGGCCACUUGACUGUGUACUUUGUGCCUCGUUGGUUGUUUUAAGGUCUGUGCUGUCUAGAUUAUUUACAUUUGAAUAAUUAUCCGCUUAGCUGUAUAAUAAUGGAGAUUGAAAUUCUCGCCACCUCCGGCUCUAAAUCAUUCGGGAAAUGCAAGGUGAAGCCGCAGACGACAGUAACAGAGCUGAAGGAUAUAAUUAAAAGUCAAAUAAAGAAGGCACCUCAUCCAGAUCGACAAUCAAUUCGACUGGAAGCCCGCGGGAAACCAGUGAAAGACACUGAGACCCUUCAGUCACUGGGAAUCCGCGAUGGGAGCAAGCUCUACCUCAAAGACCUGGGCCCGCAAAUUGGCUGGAAGACAGUGUUCCUCGCGGAAUAUGCCGGCCCACUGGCCGUGUACUUGCUAUUCUAUCAGCGGCCUCAGCUGAUCUAUGGCGCAGAUGCUUCGUUACCGAUUUCCACCACGACACAUAUCGCAGCGGCUUGCUGGUCAGUGCAUUAUGUAAAGCGGCUGAUGGAGACGAUCUUCGUGCAUAGGUUCUCGCACAACACGAUGCCCAUACGGAACCUCUUCAAAAACUGUUCUUACUACUGGGGCUUCGCGGCUUAUGUGGCUUAUCACGUUAAUCACCCGCUGUUCACCUCACCCUGCGCCGUUCAGGUGUUCGCUGGUCUGGCUGCAUUCUUGCUCUGCGAAUUGGGCAAUUUCUCUAUUCACGUCAAUUUGAGAAAUUUAAGGCCCCCAGGUUCGAAAGUUCGGAAAAUCCCAAGACCGGACGGCAACCCAUUGACGAGUCUGUUCAAUUUCGUGUCGUGCCCCAACUAUACGUACGAAAUCGGUGCAUGGGUGUCGUUCUCCGUGAUGACCCAGUGCAUUCCAGCGUUCUUGUUCGCGAUCGCCGGCGGUUGGCAGAUGGCUGUCUGGGCGCUGGGCAAGCACCGCAACUACAGGAAGGAGUUCAGCGACUACCCCAAAGGGCGCAAGGCCAUAUUCCCCUUCGUUUUGUAGGGGGAUGUAAAUGGAAGUCAGUUUUUGUCUGAUAGCUCGCACUGUGAGCAUUUACCAUUUUUCAUAGUAGUUCUAUUUAUGUAGCUGUUCCAGGGAUUAUGUUAGGUAAUGAGGCAUUAAUACAUAUAAAGAUGUAAGUGUAUGACAAAGUUCAUUUCAUUCAGUUUCAUUUUGGUGGAUCAAGCGAUCAAUUCUGUCUAGACUAAGUAUGGUGGAAAUAUAAGGAUUGGAGAAGGAAAA